AUGAGGGGUUUAUUACUUAAAUUUAGAUUUACAGAACAGAUAUCCACUUCGCAGACCUUACAAAUCAAGAGGUUUUACAAGGAUGUUAAAAUUGAAAUGGCAUUCGGAGAGGCUGAUCCAUAUCGCUAAUGGCUAGUAAAGUUGGAUGGGAAAACAGUGAAGACUCCUUCCAAAAAUGAAUUGUCAAUCCCAACACCAUAAUUGGCUUAACGAAUUGCUGAUGAAUUUAGUGCAUAAGCAGAAUUCAUUAACCCUGCCACUAUGCCAUUAAUGACGUUGGCUAGAAAUGCUGUGGAUAUUGAAGCGGAUGAGAAUAUGAGGGAAUUCAUGGAGCAUUCGAUUAUCAGUUAUCUGGAGAGAGAUACAGUUUUAUUUAGGGAGCAAUCCCAUUCAGAACUUUACUAAAUAUAAAUGUAAAAAUUAGACCCUCAAUUAAAAUUAUUCAAUCAAAAAUUUGGUAUGCAUUUAAAGGCCAAUUUUGGAUUAGAUGUAGAACCCUUAAAAUAAUAUGAUUAAAUUAGAAUUGAAACAAUUCUUAAGGAGUUGAAUAGUUGGCAACUAGUUUGUCUGGACUCCAAAGUUGAAAACUUAAAGUCAUGCAUUCUGGCUUUUCAGAUCUGGAAUAAUCAGAUUGAUGUCCAAGAGGCAGUCAAAUUAUCAAGGAUUGAAGAAGAUUACUAAAUCUCUUUAAAUGGCAAGAUCGAAGGACAUCACGAUUUCGACGAAGAGACAAUACUUGCCAAUGUAAAAGCUGCCAAACUCUUUUCCUAACUUAUUCAAAUUUAAAGCAUUACUUAUUGA